AUGCCUCCGGGCGCCUUUGCACGACUAGCGGGGCUACUACUAGCCCUAGCAGGACUCAAGACGGCGAACGCGGCCUUCCCCGAGAGUUUUGCGUAUAAAUGUGAGAGUAACAAGUGUCUGUACACGACAGACACGUCCGGGACGGUGUAUACAGACCCUGUGGCCUGCGUUAAAGAGUGCCGCACGUCGGAUCUGCAGAAUGUGGACGAAGGCAGCGACCUCUCGGACGUAGCCAGCAUGACAGUGACCUCGUCACUUAACGGCACGUGCUCCAACUGCUCGCUCGUGGUCUCGUCCACCUACAAUUUCCCACAGAUGCUCGAGACGUUUGACCUUACGACGGCCUCUGUGGCUUCCUCGUCCUGCAAUUUUACGUGCGAGAUCACACUGGACACGCCCACGCUUUGGACAUUGGAAGGCUCGUCAUCGGACUGUUUUGCAGGCUCAGAAGACACAGACGUGGACUGCUCCAGAGACGGAAAUGCCACCAUCAUGUCGCUGGACGCCGACGCUCUGGGAGUCUUGAUGGCGGUUCGUAACAGCUACGAAUUCCUAGUGGACCACGUGACGACGAGACUUGGACCAGGCACAUUCUCGGAGGAUACGACGCUGUCGGUAAAGUUUGAGGGAACAGGCUGUAUCGCGUCGUCCAGCAACGCACAACAGGCGUUCCAGCUGGACCUCACGUCGGAUUCCUACGAACUUAUCGGCACAUUUACGAACACGGCGAUGGAAGCGACGAACCCUACUAUUAUGAGCUCCACACCCGUGACGAUGAGUGUCACUAGCGGCGCUGUGCUCAGUGCCGGCGCCUUCUUUUUGCUCCGUGUAGCAAGUGACAAGGAAGCCGAGUUCGGAACGUUGAUCGAGAAUGUCUCGUCGGCUUCGAUGACACUUCCAGACUCUGGAAGUUCGUCUCCAGUAGACCUGGAACUAUUCGUAGGGGCGUCCAAUAUCUCCUUCACGAUCCCAGAUUCGUUUACCGGCAGUAUCCAGAAUGGACACACAGUCAACAUCACGUUCGAGACGUUCCAGAACCCGGCCAACAACUCGGUGGCUAUUGAUAAAGUGUAUCUUUCAGCAUACCAAGGCUUGGCUUCGGCCGUGGACAACUCGCCCAUCAAGUUUUACUCGCUAGAUGACGCCAGUCGGUCACUCAAAGCGGCUCCAUUGGAUAUCGUGACUGUGGUGGUAUAUGGCGCGUGUUUCCUGUUUUCUCUUGUGAUCAUCCGAUGGCACGGCUUGCCGUUGACUGUGAACACGCUGUGGACAGACUUGGUGGCUAUCACGGCGCUCUUUUCCUUCGCUGCGGGGACGGGAGGCUUCCUGGUGUGGGUUAUCCAGCCGUCCAAGGCGUACGUUCACUGGUAUACAGCUCAGUAUUUCUUCAAUACGGCGAUGAUCUUGUCGCUGUGCUUCCAUUGGGCUACAGUGCUGUCGUUUAAGUGCUUCAAGAAGCUCAGUUUCACUUCCCCCGUCGUGCUGGCUUAUGUGCUGCUCAAUGCGUGUGUGUUGGCGUUCAUUCUCGUGGUAUCGAGUAUGGCGGAGGAGAAGCUGGAGUGCGUCUACGACGUAAAGUCCACGUCGUGUUCGUCAGAAGAAGAGUGUGCGCUAUCCAUCGCUGCAGAGGGAAAGAUCGUCCGAUCGGCCAUUGAGGAGUGCGAAAUGGAGGCGUUUUACUUGGCAUUUGGCACGGGAUUCCUAGUCUACACGCUGAUGUUGAUGGUACUUGGCUGUAUGGUCAUGAGUCGUGGGCGAACGCUGAUGCUAAACGAAGAUACGUCCGACGCGCGGAUCCGCAAGAGUCUCACGAUCUUCUAUGCAAUUAUCGCGACGACGUGUGUCCUAUACGUGUCGGCGCAGGUCAUCUACAUCGCGCAGUAUGUGUCUCAGAAAGGUGAGGACAACCAGCUCUCGGACGCAGUAUGGUACAUCUUCAUCGUGUGGCUGCCACACAGUCUUCCGCCGCUUCUACUGCUCUUCUUACAGUGGAAUCCAAGCACUGAGAACUUCCGACAGGACGAAGCACCUUCAGUCGACCAGAGCUCCAAGGAAGAUGUGUUUAACUACACGCCACGCUCGUCUGGAUCGUCCAGUCACAUGCCGUACUCGAAGCUGCUACGUGACCGCUUGAGUAUGGGCGAUUCGCUGCUAAACAAUGAUGAACCUGGCAGUCGCUUGCGUCUCAUUGUGCGGCUUAAGCUGCCGGCGUCUUUCGACCGUGCGUGCUUCGUGUCGCUCGACUUCUACUCAUCGAAGGAGACGAUUACAUCCAGCAACUCGCUGCACAAUUUAUCGAACGCAGCAGCUUGGAAAUGCGUAGGAACGACGGAGCCCGUCGGCGUGGCAGGAGAGACAGAGUCGGUGCUGACUACAGGCUCGACACACACCAUUUUCCCGUUCGUCGCUGUGCUUGAAGUGCCAGUAAUUGGCCCAGCGUCCAACACGUUGCUGCGCUUUAUGGUGCACGCAAGUACGCUCGGCAAGCGGGAAGGGUCUUCGAAUUAUCUGGACCGCUCCAGCUCCAGCUCGCGCAGUCAAGACUCGUCGAACCCUCAACUCUCGUUCCAGAUGACGAUGUUUCAUCCAGUAUUGGAGUUUGUGACGUCGUCUCAGGCAGUACUAGACGCAGCAGCAAGUGGCCACUCGCUGAACAUUCAUCCGUCCGACGACCACACGUGUGCUAUCCUCGAGGAGUUCUCGUCUUUGCAGAGUGAGAUUAACACCAUUUUGAUGGGCAACGCCAAGAACGCCGAGCUGAGUGUGCAGACGGUCAUGAUGCCUGGCGAUACGUCGAAUCGCGACGAGGCUGCGUCGCACAAGAACAUCGGCAACAUCAUCCGCUUCUUCCAGUACGACACGGAAGAUGGCGGCGGUGGGUUGGUGGUCGAAGAUCUGCAGGAGAGCGUGUACUCGAACGCGAUUCCGCGUCAGUUGAUCGAGUUGAUUGCGGCCGAGAGACAAGAGCAGGCGGAUCGUGCGCGUGAGGAUCUGCACAGCUUCCUCCACCAGAAGAAGGGCAAGCAGAACAUGGGUUUCUACGGCACGUUGAUUGGCCAGAUUCAGGACGACACAGACUCUUCGCUUGCACGUGAGUGGUUGGAAGACCGUGUGCGACGACGCAAGGAGUAUGUGGCUAUGCUACGUAGAAAUAUUCAGUACUUGGUAAACCGCGACAAGCACAAGAACUACUUUAAGGCGAGUGUGGAGAAAAAAUCGACCGACUUGCGCUUUGUGCCGAUCAAUAUGCACAUCCAAGAUCUGCUGAUCGGACCGACGAACGCGUUCAUCAACGACGAGCGGAGACGAUCGUCGAAAGAAGUGUCUGCCUACGACUUCACUACGGUGGGCGCGCCUGCAGCUCACGUGUACAAGUUUAACAAGGGCGGCAUCCUCUCGUACCAGAACCGACGCAAGAAAAUGGAAGCCAAGAUCGCAGACGCAGACUUGGACUUGUCCAAAUGGCCCGAGGAAGUUCGUGAGUAUGACGACCUCAAGUGGGAUCUACAGCUACGUAUGGACUGUGCCUUUGCCCAGGCAUUAGCAGCACUCACGUGUAGUUUUGUGCGGAAAGUGGAGGUGGCAAUCCAGAACCCGGACGUCAUCCGUGGCGAAGAUAUGCUGCGUCAGAUGUCCAGUUUGGGGUUCCUGUUCCAGGUGGAAUCUCUGUUGUCUACACACGGCAAGGAGAUCGGCAUGCUGGAAGAUAUGGCGGGCUCAGUGGAGCAUCUGAGUUGUGUGACCUUUGUGAUCCAAGAUGUGCGUGACAAGCCGACGAAUCGCUUCUCGUUCCGCAUGUCACGGCGAAAGGAUGUGGCGGACGAGGCGGGCGUAGUGAAGGUCACUGUCUCGAACAAGACUGGAGCCAAGCGGUCACAUAUCAAGUACAUUGUGACGAUCCAAGUGGCUACAAGUGAAGUGGAGUUGCCUGAACGUCUGGCUGCUGGCGGUGAGAUCCACGUGACGCCGGUUUUGUUCUCUCAAGGUAUCAAUGAGAUGCAGACGAUUGCUAAUAACACUGAACGCGCCAAGACGGAGCUACAGGAUGUCAUUAACUUCCGCAGUCUGAAGCCGUUGAAGGCGUUCUGCGAAAAGUACCGUCGUCUUGUAGUCGCGAUGCCUAAUAGCGGCAUGAGCGGCUUGUCUUCGAGUCGCAGUCGUGCCGGCUCAACUCGCUACAAGGCCAUGUCGACAGACUCGACACUGACGUCUCCGCUGCGCCUCACACAAGAUGAAGUAACGCAGGAGCUACGUGCGCUGGAGACGUCAAUCAACGAAGCGGCUCAGAGUCUGGUGAAGACGAAGCGUACGGAGAUUUUGAAGCGCUCGUCGGACUUGUGUCGGGAACUCGGAGGCGGACGUGUGACGGUUUGUAAGAGUGCCAAGGACCGUACAGCCAUGUCGGUGACGCUAGAACAGGUGCGUAUCCUGCAGCGUCAUCACGAUCUACCAGCACAUCGCGUCCCAGCCACAGUCUCUGUCAUGCGAAGUCACGGCGUACGUAUCGAGAAUGCUCUCAAGAACACGGGCAAGCGUCAGUUCGCCUUCAACAAACUGCAACGCUCGCUCUUGCCUGAGGAUUAUCGCUGUCCUGACCAAGUGGGUGGCACGGGUAACGUCAGCUAGAGACGCCAUUCACGUUUUCAAGAGACAGAAGCCAAGGUAUACAGAUCUAAUAGUAAUUUUUGUGUUUUUU